GAGAGGGGGAGACAGACCAAAUGCGAAAGGAGGGAACUUUUGAUCGUCCAGAAAGUCGGAGGCAUAUACAACUCCCAGACAACUGAAAACAAAUGCAAUGGAAGGUCAAGAAUCGACGACGAUAAUGUGCACAAUUCUAGCUAUAGACCACACCAAUCUCACUUACAAAGCCUGCCAUGUUUGUGAAAGGACUCAACUUGACUCCUCCUCUUCUUCUACUAACCUUUCGUCUGUCUGCAAAUUCUGCGACUCCAAAUCCCUCAACCCUUCCUCCUGCUCAUCGGCCUCUUUCAAACGACUAUUUCGAGUCCUGAUGUCGAUUGCAACUGACACCAAGGUUAUCACGGUCAUUUGCUUCGAUAGGGUUGCGAGGGUUCUGUUUGGAUGCUCUGCCGAUGAAUUUUUUGACUUUGCCAAGCUUCACCCAUUGUCUGGCCCGAUGGUUAAUGAAAUUCUAGAGGGAGAGAUGUUCAGAAUGACACUAUCAAAGCCAAAAAAUGGUAAUGCGCGACAUUUACGAGUUGUAUCAGCUAUUCCUUUGAGGACUGGAUUUAGGCCGGCAAUUGAAGCCUUGAGAGAAUACCACCGACGUUGACAAGGUCUCUAUUGUCUUAGGGAUCUACUUCCAUCUAAUCUUAGCUUCCCGGUAUAGUGGUGUUAUUAGAUAAUUCAUACUCGGCUUAUGAGAUCUUUUCUGUUAUA